CUCAUUCACUGAACUCGAACUAUAUAAAUAAGUCAUGCCAAUCAUCAGCAGCUCUGAAACCUUUACGAGCUUCUUCAAUGACUGGCUUCUCCGUCACAGGCAACUCAUCCAACAACUUGCACACUUUGAUGAUGAAACCAUCAGUGUAACUCCGGAAGAAGAAGAAUCUCUUGUCACCCAGUUUCUCUCUCACUGUCUCCAAUACUACCAAGAGAAAUCAGCUGCAGUGUCCGUCGCAGGAGAUGACAUAUACGAUUUCUUCUCCCCACCAUGGCUCAGCUCAUGCGAGAAACUCAUCCUUUGGAUCGGGGGGUUCAAGCCAGGUAUGGUUUUUAAACUCAUAACCACUUCUGUUAACGACCUUACAAGUCACCAGAAAGACCAACUUGAGAGCAUACGGUUAGAGACUAAACGGAGGGAGAGAGCUUUGAUGGGAAGGUUUGCACAUCUACAACAGAGUGUGGGGGAUCCACUUCUGAUGGUUCCAUUUAAGCGCAUCGGAGCGUUGAGACUUGGCGAAAGAGAGCAGUCAGAAAUGGAGGAGGCGAUGGAGGUUUUGAAGAGGGAGAUGAAGGAGGCAAUGAAAAACGCUGAUCAGCUCCGGUGUGUUACGGUUAGGAAAGUGGUAGAGGUUCUGAAUCCAGGGCAGGCGAUCAAGCUGCUUAGAGCCGCCGGAGAGUUUUAUCUAAAGUUGAGAGAUUUAGGUGUUCAGAUAGAAACAGUGCUUUGAUAGGAAUAAUGUUGAAGAUCGACAUAUAAUUGAAUAGAGAAAGAGAUAUGUUUUCUUUUUCUUAAAAGUAUUUGGACAUAUAUAAGUUUUGGACUGUAUAAGUGAACAACAUUUGGUCUGUAUAGAUUUGGAUUUUGGAGAUUACGUUUUUAGUUUUUUUUUUUUUUUUGUAUGUCUAGUGAGGGUUGCUUCUUUGCAAACGAUGAUCAAUUUUUUUAUCAAUGAAGUA